GCAGCUAACACCGGCAAACCGCAGCUAACACCGGAUAACCGCAGCUAACGCCAGAUAACCGCAGCUAACACCGGCAAACCGCAGCUAACGCGCUCCAGCACCAGCUUCGUCUCUUUACUUCAUCAAAACGAACAAAACGAAGGUUGAGGAGAAAAAACGAGUUUAAGAUCAACUCACUACAAACAGCGCUGACCGGAACAGGAAAAGGUCCUUCACUCUUCCGGUCCGACAUGAAACAGGGAGCAGGGCGGCCGACUCUCUAACAGGCACACGAAGAAGAAGAAGCUGAAGAAGAAGAAGAAGCAGCAGCAGCAGCAGCAGAAGAAGAAGAAGCAGCAGCUGAAGAAGAAGAGCUGCAGGAAGCAGAAGUGGUUCAAACCCUUCUAGUCUAGAUCAGUCUGGUCCAGACUAGUUCAGAGUGGCAGCCAUGUUGAAACCUCUGAGGAUCCUCCUCUCUACCUCAAAAGGUCCGCCGAGCCGCAGCUGCUCAAGAUAUGUCUCCAGGAUGAGGUAUUUGAACAGGCUGAAGGAGGAUGAUUCAUUGUGUGCUAAAGCGCUGGAGAACAGUUGCAUUUUCUUGUUCCACCGUCUGUCUCCUCUCCUGCAACGUACCGUGAGAGGAACCUUCAGACCGGCAACAUUCAACAGCUCAGAUGUGCAGUUGAUUCUGGAGCGACUUGGUUGUGACAGAUUUCUGCUGCAGGAGUCAGUUCUGAUCGGCUGUUCUGAACAGAACCAGGCUCAGUUCUGUUUGGACGUUGGAGAAUUGGAUCAGGCAGCAGUAGAAGAAGAGUGUGAGGGGAACUUUGUGGAGCUUCGGAAAUCAUUCUUUCUGCUGACCGGUUCAGAGGUGCCUCUAGUGGCCAAGGGUCAGGCUCUGUUGCACUGGCAUCAAACCAACAGGUUCUGCAGCGCUACAGGUCAGGCGACCCAACGAAAUCAGGGAGGAAGUCAGAGAUUCUGCAGGAGCAGUGGGACUGUCCACUAUCCAACGAUGUCUCCAGUGGUGAUUGUCCUUGUGUCUGAUGGGAAACGGUGUUUGUUAGGGCGACAGUCGUCCUUCCCACGGGGGAUGUACAGUGCUCUGGCUGGUUUCUGUGACAUGGGUGAGUCUGUGGAAGAGGCUUUGUGCAGGGAGGUGGCGGAGGAAGUGGGUUUAGAAGUUGACAGCAUUUCCUACAGCUCCUCGCAGCACUGGCCUUUCCCUCACAGCUCCUUUAUGCUGGGCUGCCAUGCCCCUGUAAGCCCCACCCACACUCAGCUGGAUGUCGACUACACGGAGCUGGAGGACGCUCGCUGGUUCAGUCUGGAGGAAAUCACCUUGGCCCUCCAGUUGAAGUCUCCACCCAGAAGAGGUGACCCUCCCGUCACCUGGCUCCCCCCGAAACACGCCAUCGCCCACCGCCUCAUCACGGAAUGGAUGGAACAACAGCGAGAGAGGAGAGUGACGUCAUGUUUCAGAGGCUCUGAUGAGUCCUGAAACUCAGAGAGAUUUCAGAGCCAAAAAAGGAACACAUACUGCCGAGCAUCAUGGGAAGUAUAAUUCCAAAGCUCACUGUAUGAUUGAGCCAAAUUAAUGGUGCCUCUAGAUGGAGCUAAUUAGCAUAUGUUUGAGAGAACACUGCUGCUAGGCAGGCAGUAUGGACACCAAUGUUAACGAUACUGUUGAUGUCUAGAAGCUACGGAGGCUAAUGAGUUAGCAUGCUAACAUGUAACAUAAUGCAGUAAAUACAAAGACAUGAUGAAGAUCAACACGACAGUCAGAGGUUAUGAUGACUGUAAACAUGGCGACAAAGGCAACUUGAAAACAUGAGGAUUUUAAAGAUCAUUAAAAUGAAUAUUCAUGUAAAUUUAGUUGAUGUUAAUGUUAAUAAAACAACAUAUACCUGUCUGUUAUAUAAUCUGAUGACUUUGAAUAAAACACAAAAAGCACUGAAGAUUUUUAAACUGAUCAUUUA